AUGCCCGGGUCAAGCCUCGUCGAGCUACACCCAGAGCCCCGCCACAUCUUCAGACUCUGGCAGAUCUUCGCUGAGCGUACCAAUGCCAUCAUCAGGAUCUUGCACACCCCAAGCGUUCAACAACGUAUUCUUGACGUCAGCUGGAACCUUCAGGCUUGCAUGCCGUCGUUUCAGGCUCUGUUGUUCGCAAUCUAUCUGGCUGCGAUUACGACCAUGUCAACAACUGAGUGCCUGACACACCUGGGAGAGGAUAGGCUAGUGCUCAUCCAACGCUAUAGAGCAAGCGCCUGGCAGGCACUUCUAGCUGCAGGUCUGUUAGAGACGCGAGAUCUCGAUACGUUGCAGGCGCUGGUCAUAUUUGUGUCCUCAGAUCCAAAAUCCGAUGCCUUCACGACGCUUUCAGCGCUCUCGGUGCGACUGGCACUCAAGAUGAGCUUGGACAGAGAAAGCAAGACCGCUUCCAUCUUUGAGCAGGAGAUGCGGGUCCGGCUCUGGUGGUACAUCUGCACCCAAGACGUGAUGGCCCUCUACUUCUUCGUUCCAAGAGACAGCGCUAUGACCGAUGCAAUCAUUACGCCAACCAUUCGCCUGCCUCAUAAUGUCAAUGACGCGGAGCUGCACCCGGACAUGGUAAAACCGCCUGUUGAGUACCCUCGUGCAACCGAGAUGAUCUACGCGCUCAUGCGAUACGAAGGCGCCACAUUUGGCCAUCAAAUGCGUCAAAAGCAGAAACAGGCGGGCAUGAAGUACUUUCCGUUCGAGGAACUGGAGCAGCUGUUCGAGAAGAAGUAUCUGUGCCACGCUGAUGCUCGCAUUCCCGUGCAUGCGGCAGCACAAGCGAUGGCCCGGUAUGCCAUGGCCGGCAUUCGGUACCGACUAUCUCACUUCGACAUGCCGAAAGGUAGCAAGUCCGAAGACAGCAUCUUCAACCAAGCAGUCGGAGUGCUUGAGCUUGACAGAGCCUGCGGCGACAAUCAUUUCGCCAAGCAGCUUCUCUGGCAUAACAAUCCGACAGAUCUGGACGCGGUCAUCUAUACGCUCAGCAAGCUACGGCAACGCACGAGCGGCGAACGCGUAGUGAAGGCCUGGGAGUUGGUUGCCCUGUUCUGGGACGAACACAUUGAGCCAUUCCUGGAUAACGAGCCCGUCGACCAAGAUUCCUUCUUUGCCGGCCUUGCCGAUCUUACACUCGAGGCGUGGCGCGAGAGAAAGAAGCAGUUAGUCGAGACUCAGGGACAGGCCAUGGCUGAGCAGAUGACGCCUUUCUGUAUCCAUCAACUCAGGCAGAUCAGAAGGACCAAGAGCUUCGAGCUUCAACAAAGACCGGACGCGGCGAGUCUGCUGUUCGAUGAAACCUCGUUGCCUUCUCAAGGACUUAAUGUGGAUGAUCUGACGGAUAUGUUCCAUUUUGGAAACAGCAACGACUUUCUGUUCGACUUUGGAUUCUGGGGCGACUUUUCGCAGAUGUCUGGUCCGAACAGUCAAGGACCGCUACCUUAA